CACGAUCCCUCCUUGGGUGUGAAACUAGCAUUUUAAGGUCCGAGAGGAGGGAGGCAGCGAGAGGAGGGAGGGAGGCAGAGAGUGACAGAGAAAGGAGGGAGGGAGGGAGGGAGGGAGGGAGGGAGGGAGGGAAGGGGAGAGGGAGAGAGAUAGUAAAUGCUACUUUUUUGUCGUAGAGCCGUCAAGUGUAUCCUGCAAAGCGUGAAAGGAGGGAGGGAGAGAGGGAGGGAGGGAGGGAGGGAGGGAGGGAGGGAGGUAAGGGGAGAGGGAGGGAGAGGGAGGGAGAGGGAGAGGGAGAGGGGCACGGGUAUCGUGCAAAGCGUGGAAGAGGAAAGGAAGACCGUCAUGACGGCUGACUUCUCGGAUUCGCAGUGGAAGUGCGUGGACUCCAACAGCAUGCCUGAUACCUCAGUAGGCUUGAAAUGGACAACCCGUUUAGACGCGGAGUGGGUGUUUAUUCCAGGCGUGGACUGUCCCGGGAACGAUAUAGAGCGCAACCCCUCCCUUGUUGGGAAAGACAAGUUCCCCAAUCAACGACUGCAUGCGGAGGCUAUGGUGGAUCCUGUGUGUGUGGCUUUCAACACCGACGGGUGGUUCAAGUCCAAGCUGCUCCCCAAGAGCCAGUGGGUGAAAAUCACUGCGCCCAGUAGUGGGUACUUCACCCACGGCCUCUGGGUACGGAGAAGGGCGUUGGCAGAUCUCGAGUGGGUGCUGAUGCCUGGCAUGGAUUCACCGGACUUCGACAUCGUCCCACAAAUGAGCAAACGUGGAGAUGCACUGAGGGAACUAGCGGAGAACACAGGGGAAAUGUGUGUCGCCUACAACGAUGCAGGAUAUCUGAAAUACCAUGUGCGGCCAAGGUGGCAGUGGGCCAGAACUGCGGAGCUUAACCUGUGGGUGAGAAGGAGUGUUCUCGACAAGCUCCACCCGUAACUGUAUUUAUGUGUUCGUGUGCGUUGUUGUCUUCACUACGUGUGUGUGUGUGUGUGUGUGUGUGUGUGUGUGUGUGUGUGUGUGUGUGUGUGUGAGAGAGAGAGAGAGAGAGAGAGAGAGAGGGGGGGGGUC